CACCCGCAGCAACCUCGCCCCACGACUGACGACCACUAUCUCCUCGUGUUCCCUACGAUCUAUUCCCACUUCGCCAGGUCGCCCCAAACGGUGCUGCCUGCACUCUAGCAACCCUUUAGCAAUCACCAGCGCGGUAACGUACGAGCUCUGCAUUACCCUCUGCCCCGUCGAUAUAUUCUUAAACAAAAUACAGCAUGGACACGACGCCACAUUGCAUUGUUUUCACGGAUUAAGAUUGAAAACACAAAGAUAUUAAAAAAUGAUACAAAGUGAUGGAAAUAAAACAAAUAAUGCUAAAGAACCUAAACACAAAUAUGUAAAAGAUAAAGCAUACGUAGUACUGACGACGACCAUUAGCGGACCAUUAGCGGCAAGGGGAUACGCGCGGCAAUCGCGAUCGCUGCAACGAAUCAUUUUUCUGCUAUCUAUCCCUACUUUCAUCCACCAUUUAUUUAUUUAUCUUUAUCGUUCAAAUAUUCUUACUGUCGCGUAUUAGCUAAAGAUAAAUAUACGCGGCUCAUGCAAAUAUUCGAACGUUUGCAGACAUCUUUCGUGAAUAUAUUGCUCUUCCACUAGUUAUUCUAUCCGAAGCAAAAGAGGUGAAGUUAUUUGAUCGCGUUACCUUGACAUUGUCUUGACAACCGCAAACGCACCUAUAAACAAGGGGUGAAAAACUCUUGGUCAGUGAAUACGACCCUGCUCGAACUUUCAUAACAACGGCAAAUCCUUGUUCCGUAUUUUAUGAUUUACAUCGACCAUCCAAGGAUCCACGGGAAACCACCCGUGAACAAGUCUCUCCCAUCGAAAUAUGUCGAGUCCAGACAAAAGAAACUCACAGAGGAGAAUAUCAUGUACGAGAGAAGAGAAAUCAACGAUGAUCCCGAUGUCAUCAUGGAGAAAAUGGGGAAUGCAGACUGCAAUCAAAACUUCGUCGAAUCGACUGCAUGCUCGUUCGAGCAGCUUUGCAGUAUGAUCAAUGAUCUCGAGAAGGACAUUGCCGUGACGAUUCCAGAAAUCGAUCAGUUACAGCUGAAACCAGAGAAAGACGAGUCCGAAGAGAAAUAUGUAGCAAAUGGAACUGUGUACGACGACCUAAUGUCUUUCUUGGCCAAACUCGAAGAGGGUAGCUGAUAAUAAUGUGUUUCAUCGGUUCUUUGGAUGAUACCAAGAUAAUCAUACCAGAGGUAGACGCCACCACCAUAUUUGGGGAGAUAUUUGGUAACUUGCAGCCACUGCCUAACAAAACUGUCGUCAACUAUGAUAGCAUUGUUCCAGCCCCUAGCGAUAGCCACCAUGCGUUUAAAAAGGAUUUAGCUACGGUACAGCUGCAACUCGAAGAAAAGAACGCUACCAUAUCGCUCUUGAAAGAACAAUUAAAGACGGAAAGGAGAUUGGCUUGCGACAAGUUGGAAAGUCAGAGGAAGAGCAGCGCCUCUAAACUGCAGCAACAGGACGAGAAAUACAAGGGGAUAGUUAAGAGACAUCAAAAGUUUAUCGAGCAGCUGAUCUCGGAGAAAACCGAUUUGACCGAGAAAUGCAAUUCGUUGGCGCAGAGAGUGAAAGAGAUCGAAAUAAAAAUGCAACGGGAUUUGAAGGCUGCAACACAGAGGCAUACGGUAGAGUUGCAACGAGCGAAAGAGCAUUUUGCCGCGGCUGAGAAGAUUAAACGGGAGAGAUGGAUAGAGGCCAGAACGACAAAGAUCAAGGAGAUGACUGUGAAAGGUUUGGAACCCGAGUUACGUAAUAUGACGGAGCAACACGCCGAGGAAAUUCAGAAGCUAAGAAAUAUACAUGUGAAAGAACUACAGGACACCGAAUUGCGUAUAAUACGCCAUUCUAAUCAACAGCUGGAACAACUGCGUCUAGAAUUGAUGUCCAGUCACGAGAGAAUGUUGGCCAACGAGAAGAAUAUUUUGUGGACCAGAUACCAAGAGCAGCUGGAGGAGCAGGAAAGCCAAUUUAAAGGGCAACAAACGAAACUUUUCCAAGAGUUGCAACGCGACAGAGAAAACUUUACCAAGGAACAAGCUAAACGAGAAGCUGAAAUGCAGGCCAGUUUACAAAAAAACCAUUCGCAGUAUCAGAGUGAGGUCGAGACUCUGAAGCAGCAACACUCGAACGAGAAGAAGACUCUCGAAGAAUCGCUGAAGGCUGAGUGGGAAGCUUGGUUGGUCAAUUACAAGAGAGAACAGAACUUACGAAUCGAACAAGUCGAGAGUAAGAUAAAAGAGGGGUGUAACAAGGAGAGGGAUCGACAAAUCGAACUUGCUAUCGAACGAUUAGAAAAAGACUUUCGAAACGAAAGAUCGACACUUGAACGAAACGUUGAUUGCAAGCUCAGAUCUUUGAGGGACAAGUACGAAAUGGACUUGCAAACCGCAAUAGAUAACGAACAGCUUUAUAAAACUAAGUUAAUGCAGACGAAGGAUAAACUGGAGAAAACCGAUGUUCAGUUGCAACACGCGGAGAACAAGUUGCAGGAAUACGUAUCCGAGUUGAGUAACGCAAACGAGGUAAUCAAACGGUUAAGUAUGGAAAGAGACAACUCGAAAAAAUUAGCGAGGCAAGAAAUCGAAGGAGAAAAAAGAGAAUUGGAGGAGAAAAUUGCUUCGCUUUAUCACGAAAUUACUCGUAUGAAUGCGAAUAGAGACACUUCGAUGACUCAAUUACACAGCAGAAUUAAACUGAUAAUGACUCAAAAGGUGUUGACGAUCAAAAAUUUGACCAAAGAACGUGAUGACGUCAAAUUAAAAUGUCAACAUUUGGAAAAGUUAUUGGACCAACAGAGAAGAGAAUAUAUUUUGAAAACUUUAUAAAUAACAAUGUUGUUGUUGUUAUUUUGUGACUUAUUCGAUCACAUGUGUAUUCCUUUUUAUUUAUGCGGGUAGGAUUAGGUAUGCAUUUCGUAUAAAAUAAAUAAAACCGUUUCAAACGAUUUAUGUACCUAUUAAUAAUUUACGCACU